UAUUUCCAUAGAUUCCAAUUCUCUUAAAACCAGAGGCAAUAAAUUUGCUUUUGCAUUUAUGAGAAAUGCUGUUGGACGGUCCGAAAUAUCACUUUAUAUUACGACGAAACAAGAUGUGUCUGCUUUAACUAUUGAAACGAGGCUUCCUGGCUUGGUUGGAUUCAACGAGGUAUCACCUGACAGUAGAUUGUUCUCUCGUACUGGCACAGCACAGAGGGGGGGUAUUUCACAGUCAUUCAAUUGCAAGCUGGUGGAGUGAGUAACGGACGGCCAGACUUAUCAGUACAGAGUGACGGCGAUAAUGAUGGAUCUACAAAUGAUAGACAAAAAGGACUGAUUUUAACCCAAAUGAUGAGCUCCUCGUAUAUGCUCUCAGCAGUAAUAAUGACAUGGCCUCCUCAGCUGAUGCCUUCAUGGCUAUUAACUGUGUCGAGUUUCCAACAGCGAAAGAUUACCAAUAUUUCAUAUUCUCGUCAGAUGCAAAUGGUGGAGGAACUUUUGAGAGUCAGUUUCUCAUCACACCAUGUCAGGAUGACACACGUAUUCAAAUGAUAACAUCACAAAGACAGCUUCAUCCCUCCUGGGUGAGACCAAACCCUGCUAUCACUAACACUCGGGUAGAAUCGACAUACAGAGUGCACUUCAAUCGCUUCGACACUCUGAUGCUUAGUAAUGUGAAUGAUUUAACCAGCUCUAUCAUUACAUCUGACAAACCUUUGUCUGUUUUCAGUGGCCAUCAAUGUGGAAAACCUACCAACGAUGGAACUUGCGAUUAUCUGGUAGAACAAAUUCCACCACCACGGUGAUAUGUUUUUUCUUGCACCAUUUGAUCUUCGACAAAGUGGUGAAGUAUAUAGAAUUGGUACUGUCAGCGAUGAAGCCUCUAUACAAGUGAACUGUCUAUGUGAGCCAGUCUCUGCUAGUAGUAAUGGUCGAAGAGUCCUCCUAUCAGGCUUUGGUCGGUCUAUGACCGCUGUUAUAAAUCGAGGCCAAUAUGUGGAGUGCAGAACACCACAUAACAGUCGUACAUUUUGCAGCGUCCAGUCAACACGUCCGAUUACAGUGAUGAGCUACACCCUUGGAAGUUCAGUCGAUAAUUUGAACUUCACUAAUCUAAUCAUCAGUCCCUCGAUGGUGUACAUACCACCUGUCGAUUCCUAUCUAACUCGGUACAGUCUCACAAGUCUGUCAGAUCCUUCUUCUGUGUCCUUAAGCUAUACUCUCCGGGAAAGUGAUUACGAACCAAACACUCAAGGAUUACUAGUCAAUGGAGAUGCAUACACACCAACUGAUGGUUUCACUACCAUCGAUUGUAGUGUGGACUGUAUUGCAUCAAUGGUGUGUGGGCGGGGAGCUACUGGAGUCUUCGGAGUAGAUGAAUUUGAUAUACAUUUUUCUAGUGAUGUACCGUUCUGGGGAUAUGCAUACGGUUUUGCUAAGGAAAUUUCAUUUGCUUACCCUCUUCCAUUUGCGAUGAAACCAAUAGGACUGGCUUGGAUUGAAGCUCAAGACAUGAAUGUUUUGGAAACAGUGGGUCAAGUGGAUAUGGAGUUCUUGAUAACAAGGGGGGACCGUUCAACAGUAACAAGAGCUUUUGCUGUUACUAGAAAUUUGUCUGCAACAGAAGGAGAGGACUGUACUUUAACUGGUGUACGCCCAGGAUCAGGCAAUAGUAACAUGAGAUGGAGACGCCGUAAUUCAGCUCCCGUUAAUCGAUUUAUCGUGCCCAUAAUUGAUGAUGACAUUCCGGAACCAAUUGAAAAAUUGGAAAUAUUUGUUGAAUGUGAUGCUAGUGAAAACUGUUAUUUACCACGACAAAGUUACACCAUCACCAUUAUAGACGAUCAAGGUCAGUGUGAUCAUCUUCCCCCGUUGUCCAAUGGAAACAUCUCCUAUAGUUUUAAUGGUUACCCUCUGAGGCCGUAUGGUACUGUUGCCACUCACACCUGUAAUCAAGGAUACACUCUCUCUGGAGAUGAAAACAGGACAUGUAACAACAGUGAAUGGUUGGGUACAAUGCCGACAUGUAAAGCCUUUUGCCGUGACCUGCCUCCAAUUGACAACGGUGUCUUGGAAUACGAUAUGAUGGAAAGUCUGUUUAAUGCCACUAGACCGAAUGGAACUGUUGCAAUGUACACUUGUGACGAUGGAUUGAGGCUGGAUGGAAAUGCCACUAGCUAUAGGAUAUGUGACACUGGAAAUUGGACAGCCACAGAACCUGUGUGCAUAGAAAACCCAACAGUGUCCACGGCUCGGUCAAUCAGUCAGGGAGGUGACCCUGUGAUUAUCAGCGUCACCGCUGUCAUGGUUGUGGCUGCUCUUGCUAUAUUGGCGAUAGUUUGCUGUCUCUGUACGAAAAGGUCGGUACGAAACAAAGUAGAAAAGUUAAGAGUGUCUACUAUAAGAAUGAGGAAGUUGUCUGGCCCAGGAACUCUUAUAGAAUAUCAAACGCGGGAGAUUUUGAAGUAUGUUCCAGAAUCAAUGAGAAUUCCCAGCUCUAAUCUGAAAUUGCAAGAUGCAGUUGGUCAAGGAGCCUUUGGGAUUGUGUACAAAGGAUUACUAAUGGACUGGAACAACGUUGCCAUGAGGGGUGUGGCUUUGAAGACACUAAAAGGUCUGUUCACUCAGAAUGACGUACAGAGCAUGGUGAGUGAGAUCACCAAAAUGCAAGAAUUCCACCACCCUCACGUCAUGCCUCUGAUUGGGGUGUGUCUUGAUGCCGAACCCGGUGUUUCCAUGGUGAUGCCUUAUAUGACGAACAGGAGUCUACUAGACUAUUUGAAAAAAGAGAGCACAUACAGUCCUCUCCCUCUGCCAACUCUGGAAGAGGUCUAUCGGGUAUUACAGAUUCGAAGAAUUAGGACAACACCAUACCACCCCCAGACAGACAGCCUAGUCAAGCGAUUUAAUGGCACACUAAAGAGCAUGCUGAAGAAGUUCACUAACCGAAACGCAACAGACUGGGACGAAUAUUUGCCAUACCUCCUGUUUGCUUAUCGCGAGGCUCCUCAAGAAUCGACUGGGUUCUCACCCUUUGAGAUGCUGUAUGGCCACAGAGUCCGUGGGCCACUUGACAUUCUGUGCGAAGGAUGGACUGACGAAAAAGCUGAAGAAGUACCGGCGAUUACUCAUGUAGUUACAAUGAGAAACAGUCAGUGAGAUGCAUGGCUAAGCUAGCUCAAGACAACCUCAAGCAGGCACAAGGAAGACAGAAGAGAUACUACGACAGUGGAGCUAGACUCAGAAGUGUAGAACAAAGGUGACGAAGUCUUUGUCCUUCUACCAAUGCAAACCAACAAACUCAAGCUUGAAUGGAGAGGCCCAUACAAAGUCACUCGGAAAGUGACAGAUGUCGAUUAUGAGAUUCAAACGCCCGGAAGGAGACAGGAAACCAAAGUCUACCAUAUCAACAUGAUGAAGAAGUGGAACUUGACCCAAGUCCAGCCAAUUAUGCAACAGCACUUUCAGCAGAGUUAGAAAGCGAAGAUGAAACUGAAGGGUUACCCCCUACCAGUUGUGAUGUCGGUGAACGAAGUCGAUGUGGCGACUCGUACUCCUCCAUCUAAGGAAGGAGGAAUGUGAUGUACUUUGUGCUAUGGACUAUUGGUAACAUAAUUGGACAACUCUUUGGAUCAUUGGUUCCAGACUGUUCUUAUUUAUUCUAGAUUGUUCUCAAUAGACUUAGGGAUUUUCUAGUUGUUUCUUGUUCUUUUAUUUGUUCUAGAUCAUUCUAGAUUGGUAUAUAAGCAGGUGUGUUUUUGUUAUACAGUGUGUUGCAAUUAAAUGUUGAAGGUCAUUCUAUUGUGAUUACGUUCCGAAUACAAGGCAUACCGCUCGGCUUU